AUGGACGCCGAAUCGUCGGAAAGUUUCCCAGGAAAUAGUGACAAGUCGGUUGACCAUUCUCAUGGUGACCCACAAGUUGUGGGCUUUUCGCGUGCAAGUUCAGUUAUAACUGAUACGGUUACAAAUGGUGAAAAAGGCAUGGAACAAAAGCAGAAGGGAGGAUGUGCGCAAUUUUUGGCCAGCGAACACGGAGAUAAUCUGCAUAUCACUUCAGAGGCUUCUUCGGAACAAAGGACUGAAGGAUCUGCAGAAAAUGUAAGUGAUGAGGAGACGUGUAAGGACGCCACUGAAGGUCAGAGAAUAGAGCUGAAAGAAGGAUCAAGCGAAAAUACUAGCGAAGCACUUGAAUCGGAAAAACAUGACAGCGUUGCGGCUUCUGCUGGCUCAUCUCCUCCACCAAGCAGUGCUGCUCCAGACGAACUGCACCUUGAUACAGACACAAAGAGUAAUUCGGAAGAAGGUGAUCAUAAAGAGGCGAGUGAGAUCAAAAAUGAUUCUGAUAAAGAAGUCGAUGGUUCAAAGACUGAUGGUGAUGGUGAUGAUAAAACGGAUACGGAGGAAGGAGAAGGCGAAGAGCAGAAAAAGAAAAAGAUGGAAGAUAUAGAUGUUUCAGACAAAGCUGAAAAUAAAGUAAUUGAUACAACUGACAAAAAAGAGGAGGGAAGUGCGAAACGUGUUUUGCCGAAAUGGAUGGUGCAGGAUGCAGAUGCGCCUCCAAGCCCAAAAGAAGAGGCGGAUGAAAAAGAUGUGGCUGUAGCUGUCACAGAAAAUGAACCGGCUAGUGGUGUUCGAGGACGAGGACGUGGCAGGAAAGGGCGUGAUACGAUGCGAGCAGUAGCUAAACCGCAUAAUGAAACUGCUACCGAACAGCGGCAGCCGGAAUCAUUGGCAUCUGGUCGCCCUCGUCGUUCGACACGGUCAAAUGUGGACUAUGCUCAUCCAGAUGUUGCAACUGUAGUUGCUGAGCAAGAAGAUUUGGAAAAUGAG